CAAUAUCGGGAUUAUUGGAGAAUCACGAGAGAAGAAAAACAUUAUAAUCCUCAUGUGUUUGGAUCUCAUAGAGGUGACGUCACUGCAGCAGGAUGAGAAAGACGGCCAGAUGAGCAUGCCUCGUCAGAAAAUAACCGAAAAACAAUAGCACGAUAUAGAAAGUAAAAUGCUGAUUCAAAACACUUAUCCGCGAUGAUUUGGGCGGUAGUCGAUAUGAUGAUGGUUUCCUCCACCUUGGGGGCGGAUCUAUCGACGUAAUAGACUCGCUGCUCUUCCUCCUUCAGUCGAUGCAGCACUGAAGCCGCAGCUUGGAGAUGUCCCAGACACCAUGGAGUAAAGAUAAAAGAAGACGCCGCUGACAUUUACCUCGAGCCUGCACGUAUUUUGUGUAUAACAUUUUGGUUUUCUCGCUGAAACCUUCAUUGUCACAACGAGAGGAUGAACAGCAUGAGGCACGUGAAAACCCGACGAACGGAGGCCAAUCUCGGAGCGGAGAGGGAGCAUUUUGACAAGCAGCAGCUGAGCAGUAUCAGCAAGGCCAUCAACUCCACUGAGAUGCCUGUGAAGGAGAAACAUGCACGACGAAUCAUCCUGGGGACUCACAGGGAGAAGGGAGCCUACACCUUCUGGUCCUACGCUCUGGGCUUCCCUCUGGCCAGCAGCUCCAUCCUCAGCUGGAAGUUCUGCCAUGUGCUGCACAAAGUCCUGCGGGAUGGACACCGCAAUGUUUUACAAGACUGCAUGAGGCAUCACAGCUCUCUUGUUGAAAUUGGGAAACUAUGGAGCAACCUCCAUGACAAAUAUGGACAGUUGGUGGUUGUGUAUACCAAGCUGCUCUGCACAAAAAUGGAGUUUCAUGUGAAGCAUUCAGAAAUCCCUCCGAACCUGGAAGCCACCGAUGAAGUCCUAGAGCGCACUGCAGGAAGCGACAUUAAUAAUGUGUUCCAGCUCACAGUGGAGGUGUUUGAUUACUUGGAUGCAGAGCUGAGACUGGCUGAGACAGUGAUCCGACAGCUCAACACAUCCAUCGCCAUCUCCACUCUUUCGUCAGGCCAGUGUCGGCUUUCUCCACUCAUUCAAGUUAUCCAGGACUGUAGUCACCUCUACCACUUCACCGUCAAGCUGCUAUUCAAGCUGCAUGCCUGUCUCCCCGCUGACACUUUACAAGGACACCGUGAUCGUUUCCAUGACCAGUUCCACAGCCUUAAGACCUUCUUCAAUAAAACCAGAGACAUGCUGUACUUUAAGAGGCUGAUUCAGAUCCCCAAGCUGCCUGAUUCCCCACCUAACUUCCUGCAUGCAGCCUCACUAGCUAAGCACGUAAAGCCAGUGGUGGUCAUCCCCGAUGAGUACGAACCAGAGCAACAAGAGGACGACGACGAUGAUCCCGAGCCGCUCAUCGAGGUCAGCGCCUUCUCAACAUCCAGCAUACAGGCACAGGCACCGCAAUUGGACAUAUUUGAUAAGACGUUUGGACCUCCAAAUGGAGGAUUCGAUGACCGGGAUCUCCAGAUUGAGAGCCUCAAGCAGGACCUGGAGUUGUUGAGAGCAGAGCUGGAGAAGGUCAAAGCAGAGGCUCAGCGUUACAUCACACAGCUGAAGUCCCAAAUCAACAGUUUGGAGGCAGAACUGGAAGAUCAGCGUGCACAGAAGCAACAUGCUCUUGUGGAAAAUGAACAACUGCGCAUGGAGCUGGAGGCUACGCGUCGCCGAAACGCAGAACAUGAGAGCACACAGUCCGUCUUCAUUGAAGCAGAAAAUAGAGCACAGGCCACUGAGCAGCGCUACAAUAAGCUGAGGGAGAAGCACACAGAGCUGGUGUCCAGCCAUGCCGAACUACUUCGGAAGAGUGCAGACACUGUGAAGAUGCUAUCAGCAACCCAGCAGACCCAGGAAGAGGUAGAGAGGACCAAACAGCAGCUGUCGUUUGAGGUUGAUCGAAUAAAACAGGAAGCUGAAAUGAAGCUGGAAGAGCAGAAGUUUGAAAUGGAGAAGCUGAAGAGGGAGCUGGAGGAGAAGAUGGCAGAAGUGAUGCGCGUCAAGGGGACUCUGCAGACCAGCGAGAUGACGUCGGAGCAAAUGAACAGCUCAGUGACGGCUCUGCAGGCGGAGAAGGAUCGUCUGAUGCGAUCUGCGUCUGAGAAGGAGGCGGAGCUGUCGUCUCUGCGGCAGGCGGCGCAGGCGCAGCAGUCGUCACUUCAGCAGGAGCGAGAGAGGAACAGCAGGGAGCUGGGAGACCUGCAGGGGAAACUGCAGGAGAAGACGAAUCUGGGGGAGCAACUUAAUCGGAAGCUUCUGGAGGAGCAGUUUGCUCUGCUGCAGGGUACCGUCACAGAGGCUGAGAACAUCAUCCAAGAUGCUGUUGCCAAACUGGAGGACCCCCUUCAUAUACGCUGCACCAGCUCUCCAGAUUACCUCAUAAGUCGGGCGGAGGCCGCGCUGGGCUCCGUUGACAAAGUGAAAAAGGGUCAUGCAGAUUAUCUGAGUAACAUGGGGGAUGCUGGAGGACUGCUGAGGGCUUUGACCCAAUUCUCCCACUUGACUGCGGAUACAAUCAUUAAUGGCAGCGCCACUGCACACACGGCCCCCCCAGACCAUGCAGAUCGACUGACUGAGAACUGCAGAGGCUGCGCCACUCAGAGUCUGCAGUUCUUCAAGGACCUGAAGUCCAAGACCACCCUCCAAAGGGCAGACCCGGCCUCCAUUCGAGUGAUUAUUCAAAAGAUCCUUAACUUGGGCCAGGAGCUGCGACCAAAAGGCAUGGAUGUUCGUCAGGAUGAGCUAGGAGAUCUGGUCGAUAAAGAAAUGGCUGCAACAUCAGCAGCUAUUGAGGAGGCUGUCCGCAGGAUUGAUGAAAUGAUGGACCAGGCACGAAAGGACACAUCGGGAAUAAAACUGGAGGUCAAUGAAAGAAUCCUCAACAGCUGCACAGACCUGAUGAAGGCCAUCCGCAUGCUGAUUAUAUCAUCUACAGACUUGCAGAAGGAGAUUGUCGAGGGUGGGAGGGGUGCAGCAACCAUGAAGGAGUUCUACGCCAGAAACUCUCGCUGGACUGAGGGGCUAAUCUCUGCCGCCAAGGCUGUGGGAUGGGGAGCCACAGAGAUGGUGGAGUCUGCUGAUAAGGUGGUGCUGCACACAGGAAAAUAUGAAGAGUUGAUUGUCUGCUCCCACGAGAUUGCUGCCAGCACAGCACAGCUGGUUGCUGCCUCAAAGGUUAAGGCAGAACGCAACAGUAAGAGGCUCUCAGUUCUCCAGCAGGCCUCUCGCCAUGUGAAUGAAAUGGCAGCUAAUGUGGUGGCCUCAACAAGGACGGGCCAGGAGCACCUGGAGGACAAAGAAACCAUGGACUUCUCUGGGUUGUCCGUCAUCAAGUUGAGAAAAGAAGAAAUGGAGUCACAGGUGAAGGUGCUGGAAUUAGAAAGUCAUUUGGGGAAAGAGCGUAUGCGUUUGGGCGAGCUGAGGAAGAAGCAUUAUGAGUUGGCCGGAAUUCCUUCAGAGCAGAUUUCUGAGGGGAACGGUGAGACCUCUUUGCUGGACCAUCCUGUCACCAUGUCACCAAAACCCAGCAAGCCUGUUCUCCUCAAGAAACCUGCGUUGUCCCAGAAACCCAACAUGCCACCCAAAACCACGUUUAAGUAAUGCCUGAGCAGAAGAGGACAAUUCUCCACAAAUGGAUGGUCGGUUUGACCAGAUUCACCAUGUUGUGACCAUACGGUUCCUUAAGUUGCUUGCUGACAAUCCUGUGCCUCAUUCUGCAGCUUACUGUUUUCCUUUUCUUUCUUUUUUUUUUUUUUUUUUUGUUGCCAAAAUGGACCCGAAGCCUGCUUUUGGACCCUUGAUGCCUGUUAGGAUUAUGCUGUCUUUACUUAACCCCUUUUUUAAAAAGACACAUGCACAUGCUUAUCCAGGCAGAACCCUUUUGAUCUUAGUAUUUGGCAUCAAGAAUUUAAAAAAAAGGUCAAUAUUAUACUUUUAGGCUGUGUGAAAAUAUUUUUGCAUCACAACAACAUUUUAUAUGAUAGUACUAAUGCUGCUUUUAGAAUAGAAACCUUGAUAAUAACUAUAAAUCGAUGGCAUAUAUUGUAGUUUUUAUGUUAUCAUGCAUUGGACAACCUUUUUUGCACACAAUGUUUAAUCACAGAGCGUAUCACAUGUUGUGGUGGGAGGUAAUGGAAACCUGCGAUUCACUUCAUGUGUGCAUGUUGCUGCAACAGUUUUACAUACAUCUGGCUUUGCCUUCAUGAUUGACAGUUUUCCUUUUUAUGUGCAAAACAGCUUUCUUUCUCAGCGGGAACAAAAUUGUCUGAGGCCUUGGAAUGUACUCUACUAAUGCAUUAAAUCAUACCUGUAAAGACAUACAGUCUGUUUAGGACUGUGCCACUCGCACUAAGUAUAAUUUAUAUUCUCCUGGAUAUUUGUGUGACAAAUAUCGGAUGUCGGUGUCUUUAAUUGUCAAAUUCUUCUUUUGGGCUGACUGAAGAUUUAGGGUUAGCUAUUCUACAUUAUAUGAAGGUUCCAGAUCAAGCUUUCUUUUCCCCUGGGAGCCUUUCAUACAGGGUCUUAAAAUGCCUUUUUUAUGUUCUUUCCUUUCUUCUGUACGAAAUAUCUUUAUACACUCGGAUCUAUAAUAUAUUUUAGUAAAGAUAAUAGUGGUUUCACCUUGUAAGAAGUGUAAAUGUCAAACAGAUGAAUAAUAAAUGUUUAAUUUAGUGUCC